AUAAUUGGAAACAACAUGAAUAUUUUAGUGUUUGACAUGCCCUGGGUACUGCAUGCUGCAUGGAAAGUUAUAAAAUCUUUAUUACCAGCUCCCGCCACAAAGAAGAUAAAAUUUGUGUCUGGAGGUUCAGCACUGGAUGAAUUUGUUGACCAGGAGAACCGGCUAGUUGCCUGGGGAGGCAGAGACACCUGGGAGUAUGUUUGGGAACCUCCAGUUCAAAUUGUAGCCGCUGAUAUCGCUGAGAGCACUGAUCUUAUGAAAGUGACCCCUGAGAGCUUGAUAGAGUUUACUAGACAGUCCCCUGACUACCUAGAAGCUAAUAUUUCAAUAGAGAAUAUAUCAUCAGAUAGAAUUGCAUAUAAGAUAAAGACGACCUCACCGGAGAUAUUCUUCGUGAAACCACAUACAGGGUUUAUUCAACCAAACCAAACCCAAACUGUUAGAAUUUCAGUUCCUGGAAGGGAGAAGUUUAAGAAUGAAAAGUUCCAAAUUAUCAGUACGCGAUCUCUACACGAGCUUAACCCUAGCGAUGGAUUUACAUCUGGAGAUAGGAUCCAACAGAUCAGACUCAACUGUAAACCAGCUUCAGUAGUAUCCACCUACCUAGAGAAUUCAACCGAACCCUCUCUCCAAUCCCUGGCAGAGAGUAUCUCCAGGUUGGACGGACAACUGAACGAGUGUCUGGGGAUACUGGAGCAACAGAAAAUACUGAACCUGACCCUACUCGGACUCAAUCUAUUUAUUGUUUAUAUCUUCUGUAAUAGUUUACUCAUAAAAUGCUGACCUUUAAGGAGCCCACGGAGGAUGAGAUAAUUGUACGGAAUUUAUUGAAUCUAUAUUUCUUUCAUUCAUGGUUUAACACAGAUCUUUACAUUUUCUUACUGAUCAUUACUAAAUCAUUACAUUAUCUUUAUUUAGCCUUCAAACGAAUUUUUACUUUUAAGCUCGUCAUUAAACUGUCAUACUUUGUGGGUAACCCUGUAACUUGAUUUUAACUCUCAAUCGCCAAGACUGAAUAGUUAACACAAAUUUUAAAUUAUUUAUAUUUCAAUAAAGUAACGCAUUUGA